UUGUCUUCCGGAUCCGUCCAAAGGAUCAUCGCCGUCCAGCAGUCUCGUUCAGCAAGCGGUUCUUCCAUCUGGCAUCGGUGCUCCGUUCCGUUCGCAGGUCUCCUCCACCAGCCGGCUUUCCUCUAUCCAUGUUGUCAAGUUCGACGUUCCGUUCCGGGCCGAACGCGUCUCUAUCCCCAGUCAAGACUCCUCGCCGCACGGAGCUUUCCUACCGUCGCUACUCUGUCCAGUCCAAAUUCUGUUCGGCUGUGGUUUCGGGAAAGCAGCCGCGGGAUCCAAGAGAUCGGGAGAUUCGGAGAUGAAUCUGCUCGAUGCCACAGUCGCCGUCCAGAUGAGAAAUCUGUCGACGUUGUCGCCAAGUCACAAGCCUCGACCAGUCACGGUCGUUCGUCGCCUCAGUCAUCCGUAGCCUCAUCGUCACCGCCGUCUAUUCGUCAUCAUAACCGUCCACCAGUCAAGGGUUUUAGUUACCUACGUCGGAUACGUUGCAUCUCCGUGGUAGGAUCGACGUCAUCGAUUCAAGGGUAUCACCCCACAGUCAAUUAUUCUUCCAUUCAUGUGGUGGGAAAGAAAAAUGUGUUUGGUGGUCAAAAGUUGGGCAAUGGAAGGCCAAAUGGCUCUUCUUUUACGACCGCCCUUGUCGCCGGCACUAUUGCUGGCCUUGCGGCUUCCACAGCGACAUAUCCCAUCGCUGUUGUGCAAAAGAGAAUGCAAUCAGAGGACCGAAAAUGUGCGAGGAGAAAGACUGGAGCGUGGCAGAUGUUUGCCCAAAUAAUUGAGGAAGAAGGCGUUGGAGGGUUAUACAAAGGCAUUCGAUCUCAUUGCUUCAGCACGGUUCUUGCUCAUGCAACUGCCUUCAUCACUUACGAGAUUGUCAAAGUACAUUCAUACAUAUGGUUCAGAAAGAUUUCCCCUUAA